CUGUGUCAGUGAGAGGCUGUGAGAAUGACCUGGGAGGUGUGAGAUGUUUCAUUGCAGGCUCAACUAGUGUUUUUUUUGUUUUCUAUUAAGGGAUAUUUUUACAAAAAUACAUUAGGGGCUUUACUGCAGUGUAAGUGAGAAAAUCUGUUUCAAAUAAGAGGUCACUGUCUCAACAAUAGUGUGGCUUAGUUAUAAAAAAGGUAAUAGUGUUCUGUUUUUUUGAGCUUUUUAUAUUCUAAUCCAUCCAAUAAAACAGCAGGCGGCUUCUGUUGCUCACAGGGCGGAUCUGAUCAUACUGUCUACAAAGGAUGUGCCGUCCUUUCAACUUGGCCAAUCAAACGCUGUCCUGGCCUUAAAGAGAGCAAACCACUGACAUUCUUCCAUUUAGCACAGCAACUUUAACGAAAUGGCAUCACCAGUGUGGAUGUUCUGUAUCACAGCUUUGUUCCUGGGUAAAUUGGGUAAGUUAUGCUUCUGUCAUUCCUUUUAUCAGUGCAUUCUAGGGUCAGAACUGCAGUGCUCCCAUUUCUUGCAUUACAGCAAUCCUACUUUGCUUCUUCUCUUGUUUCACUAGUUCAACUAACCGAUGUGACGUCCUCCUCACUUCGUCGCCAGACGAGUCACUUUGUUACAGUCAAAGCUGGGGACAACUUAACUUUGAAAUGUUUCAAUGAACACAAUGGUGCUGCAAAGAUUUACUGGUAUAAACACAGUUUGGGACAGAAACCAACACUGAUCUCUACGUUCUACAAGUAUGAUGGGAACUGUCUUUUUUAUGGUGAAUUUAUUAACAAUCCACGCUUCAUAAUGGAUAAUGAAAAUGAUAAAAAUCACUUGACGAUCACAGGUGUACAUACUUCAGACUCAGCUACUUAUUACUGCAUGAGUUGCUAUAUACACUCAGUAGAAUUCUUAUGGACCACAACUGUAGUUGUAAUGAAUUCAGAUUUAACCAUGCCAGCUCUGGUGCAUCAGUCAGUGUCUGGGAGCAUCCAGUCAGGAGGCUCUGUGACUCUGAACUGUACAGUACAAACUGGGACCUGUGAUGGACAACACAGCGUUUACUGGUUCAAAGACUCUGGAGAAGCUCGUCCAGGAAUCGUUUACACCAACGGAGACAGAAAUGAUCAGUGUGAGAGGAAACCAGACACACAGACACACACCUGUGUCUUUGACCUGCCUCUACAAAGCCUGAAUGCUUCUGAUGCUGGGACCUACUACUGCGCUGUCGCCUCAUGUGGAAACAUUGUGUUUGGAAACGGGACCAAGCUGCAGUUUGAGGUAUUCACAGGUAACGUGGACCUUCUGGUGGCUUUCUUGAGCGGAGCUUUGAUAUUCUUCUUCAUCCUGACUGUUUUUCUUGUUGUCUCACUUUGUAAAAAAAGAAACUUCGGUCAGUCCACAGAGCACCGAGCAAGGUUUUCAUCUAUCCACACAUCAAACACAGAGAUUGGUCAAGACGCAGACAACCUUCAUUAUGCAGCCCUGAACACUAAACUACCAAAGAGAUCAAGAAGACAGAAAGAUGACACCAACACUCACUAUGUGUAUUCCAGUGUAAAGCUGUAGAUGUUUUACUGUGUGAAUAGGACUUAGAUGUGCCUUGUAGAUUUAGACACAAAUGUGUAAACCAUAUCCAUGUUUUGUUCUUUUAUAUGUAAAAUCUUAAGAUUAUUAUUAUUUUAUUUCAUGUGAUUCAUGACAUGAGCCUUUCCAUCGGAUUUUGUCUUUUAUCAAGAUCUUUAUAAAUCAGUAUUUUGACAGAAGAUGGCCUGUAAUAUUACAUGAAGUAAUUAGAAAGAAGUCUGUUGUUAAUUGUUUACAGAAAAUUCAGACAAUACUGUCUUAUUAUUUCAUUUGUUGUAUUUUGGUUCUUUGUGGCACAGUGUUUGAUUCAAGGGUCAUUCGGGUGUCCUUCUUGUUAAAUGUUCUGCCCGCAUCUGCAUGGGUUUUCUCCCCCCACAGUCCACAAACAGACUUACUGUACGGGAAUGUCGGGUUGAUUGGGGACUUUGAAUUGUUCGUAAGUGAGAGUGAGUGGUUGUGUGUGUCUGUGUGUAGCCCUGUGAUGGACUGGUGACCUGUCCAAGCUGAACCCCUCCACUCGCCACAUUGUCAGCUGAAGCUGAGUUUCCAAAAUGCUGUAGUACGUGCUCAUCAAAACUAGAAAGACUAUUCUGCCAAUCCUGUAUCACAAUAGGUGUAUUUGUAUCUAGAAAAAUUAGUAAAUCUGUUUGAAAUAAAAAGAAACAAACAAGAAACAUUCAGCCUUGAGAUAACCUAAUCUGAAAGAGAUAGAAAAGCCGUAGAGAGCAGCAGUUUCUGUGGUUUAACAGAUGAAAGUGUUCCUCCCUCGUGACGUUCGACCUCAUUUAUAUACCUAUACUCAUUUACAUACUAAGGGUCAUUCAUAGGCAAAUACUGGAAACUGUACACGUUUCU